UCGUCGAUCUUGUCUGGCGUCAGGUUCCGUUCGAAAUAGGCGCCUCACUUCCUGUUAUUGGAGCACAGACCCGGAAGUUGAUGUGUGCAGUAUGCUCACGUAGAUCAGGAUUCAGGUUUUCAUCUGUAUGUAGCAAGCCCUGCGUGCUAUGAUGCCCUCACGGAAUAAUGCUACUGCUCUUCCCAACAGCAAAGUGAAGUACUCUAAAGUCUCUGAUACCGAUGAGGGAUACAUUGACCUUCAGUUUAAGAAGAGCCCUACAAAAGUACCAUACAAAGCCAUUGCUUUGGCCACUAUCCUGUUUUUGAUAGGCACUUUGCUGAUUGUGAUCGGGUCCCUUCUUUUAACUGGACACAUUAGCAAUGGGGGCAAUGAACGGGCAAUACCAGUGCUAAUCAUCGGAAUUUUGGUCUUCCUGCCUGGCUUCUACCACCUCCGCAUCGCUUAUUAUGCUGCUAAAGGAUACAGAGGUUACUCAUAUGACGACAUUCCAGACUUUGAUGACUGAACCACUAUGUGUGGUAGAAGGCACUGCACACGCUAUUCAGCUCCUCUGGGAGCCAACAGGUCUCAGUAGGGGAAGGAGGAGAAGAUGGCCAGCAGACCAGUGUAUAUACAAUGAGGCUUCAGUUUAGUCAGGCAGUUGUGAUAAUUCAGUGGACUGUUCUAUCAGUUUGUCACAAAACAAAUACCCGACUUGUACUGCUAAAUGUUUUGUAGGGUAAAAGCAUUCCCUUCUGAAAGGAGCAUGUUAGAUUUUCCUACAGAGAAAGCAAAAAUGGAAUUUAUAAUCCAUGAGCAGUAGAAAACCUGAGGUCUUCCCCUAACCACCAAUCACAUUCUAACUAUUACUUGAAUAGAGCACUUUGAAAAAUGGUCGCAGACAUUUCAUUAAUUGGUGGUUUCUAUAUCACCCUUUUCCUUCAUAGGCUUAUUUAGCUAAAAAGAAAGCCAUAUUGUUUUAUAUUAAAAACAUGCAGGAUAAGCUAUGGCUGCUCUGAAAAAUUAUGCAUUAAAAUAUAAAAAAAAAAAUCCUUGGAUAGCAAUAGAUACAAAUGGGUACCAAGGGAUCAUUUCACUCUAAUUGGA